GGGGGCGGCAGGGGGGCGGGGGCUGAAGGCCCCGCCCCCAGCCAUGAGCGCCCCCCCGCGGUCGGAGCUGGCGGCCGCCGCCGCCGCCCUGCUGCGCCUGGGCGAGGAGCGCCCCCCCGCGGCCGCCAUGAGCCUGCUGCAGCGCAAGGGCCGCCCCGAGUGGCGCCCCCGCGACGAGGAGCCGCGCAAGGGGGUCCCCAAGGCGCGGGAGGGGGGGUCCCUGCGGCGCCCGCUGCGGGUGGGCUUCCUGACGCUGCCGGCGCCGCAGGAGCGCGGCCCCCGGCCCUGCGCCCCCGGCAUGGCCCCCCGCUCCCUGUCCUGCCACGCCGUGGGGCUCCCCGACUCGGGGGGGCCCCUGCGCCCCCCCGCGCCCCGCGCCGGCCCCCCCGAGGGCCGCGGCCUGGAGGCACCGCCCGCCAAGAGAGGGG